UCUCUGGGUAUUCCAUCCAUCCUUCUAAAAAAGCUUCAAGGUUUGACGCCCUCAUGUUUGUUUAUUUGAAUUGAUUAUAUCCCCACCGUUCAGCUAAUUGCCAUUCCUUUUUGCCAUUUCCUAAAUACGACUACCGAUAAUAUUCAAAGAUCCGGUCGAGCCAUGAGCGAUGAUGAAGAUUUCCAGGUCGAAGGACCCGAACUGGCAGAAGAUGAUCCCAUGAGAGCUUUCCUACCUACGUCUUUUGGUAAGAAAUCAAAGGAAGCAGAUGUAGCCGCCCAGAUCAAUAGAACAAAACGACCGGCAGAAGGAAAAGUCGAUGCACAAACAGUGGCCAAGGAGGUUGAGCAACAGAAACAGGUGUCUGAGCCAGCGUCUAAGGAUUGGGGCUCCGAUGAAGAUGAUGAGGAUUCAGAUAGCGACGGGGGUUCUGAGGACGAUGAUGAAUUUCCGACUUCUCACGAAUUGGUCCUCAAAACGCAUGAUCGAGCAGUUACAACUACGACACUUGAUCCUUCUGGUUCAAGAUUGGUAACUGGUUCCAACGAUUGUAACCUCAAGUUUCAUGAUUUCGCUUCUAUGACACCUACUACUCUCCGAUCAUUCAAAAGCGUGGACCCAAAUUAUUCGAAGACAUCAGCAAACUCCGAAACCCAUCCUAUAAACCAUGUUGAGUUCAAUCCACAUGCCGGAGGAACAUUUCUAUGUAUAUCCGCGCACCCACAAGCGAAAUUAAUGAAUAGGGAUGGGGAUGUUAUCGGAGAGUUCGUGAAAGGAGAUAUGUAUUUGAGAGAUAUGAAUAAUACGAAAGGGCACAUUUCGGAAAUUACUACAGGCACAUGGAGUCCGACUGACAAGAAUAUUUGUGUUACGGCCGGCACGGAUAGCACUCUACGAAUUUGGGAUGUCAAUGUCAGGAGAUGCCAGAAAGAGGUGAUCGUGCAUAAAUCCAAAGCAUCAGGGUCAGCCGGAAGGACAAGAUUGACGGCAGUGGUUUGGGGAAGCCCCGCCCAGGGAGGAAACAAUUUACUCGUGUCUGCUGCGCUUGACGGAAGUUUAGUGAUGUGGAGUGGCAAUGGACCUUACGCAAGACCAACCGCUGAGAUUAGGGACGCCCAUAUACCGGAUACUUGGACUGGUGGUAUUGAUAUUAGUCCCGAUGGGCGGAUGAUUGUUACGCGUGGCGGUGACAAUCUCAUCAAGCUUUGGGAUACACGAAAGUUCAAAACUCCUAUUGUGACGGUUCCACAUCCCUCAACAUCGGAUGUGUAUUCCGUUACUAACAUUAAAUAUUCACCCAACGGCUCUAACAUUAUUACGGGCUCUGCAUCGGGUCAUCUUCAUAUUCUCAAUUCAGGCAAUCUCAAACCGGAACUCGUUACUCCCGUGACUGCUGGUUCUCCUCUCAUCACGGUUCAGUGGCACUCCAAACUCAACCAAAUUGUCACUGGCUCCGCCAAUUCUGAAGUUCAUGUUCUUUACAAUCCGAGUAAAUCAGUCCGAGGUGCCGUUGACGUAAUGUCUCGUGCACCCAAGAAGCGCCAUGUUGAUGAUGACCCCAAUUUUACAACAGAUCAAUCUACGGGUAUGUCAGGGGAUAGCAUCGUCACUCCAGGGGGUCUUGCGUCCAAUACGUCAGCUACGUCCUUCGCUGCAAGACACCCUACCAUUGGUUUGACUGCCUCUGGUCGCUCUCGAGAUCCACGUCGACCUAAUCUACCAUUGGUUACACCUUUUGCGAAAAGUCAGCCAGAUGAGAAGCAUAUUAAUGAAAGUAUCACAUUGAGUAGUAUGCGUGAUGAAGAUCCCAGAGAAGCAUUAUUGAAAUAUGCCGAGCUUGCUAAGAAAGAUCCAUUGUUUACGAAUGCUUGGAAAGAUACUCAACCUACAACUCAGUAUGCUGAAUUAAGCGAUGAAGAAGAUGAAGGGCCAGACAAGAAAAAGGUGAAGAGAUGAAUAAGUUCCAUAAUGAAAGAUACCCGCAUUACAUGUAUGAUGUUAGAGUUACAUCGGCGUUCGAGACAAGUCUUCGUGGAAAGGUCUAUGGGGACGAUCUAAUCUAAGCAAUGUUACGGCAAGUCUUUAAUAUUAUCCCUGACACUAGAAGUAAGAUACUCAAACCAGGUUCCCAUCACAUAGAUCUCGAGCUUACGAUGCUCACCUCGUCCAAACAACUUCUUGUCAUAGGAAACGAUAAUCACCGAGAUUUCAAUGGUUGAAAAGAACAAAAGUGGCGCAACUCGGGAUAUAUAUCCACGCCAGUUGCCCAUGUAAGGAUUUACGUGAGUGGCAUCAAUUUUCAUGGAUGCCGCUUUAAACAGGAAUGUAUUUACUAGGUCCGUAGUAUUCAGAAAAUGUACUUG